AAUUGGAAGAUUCCUAUUCGAAGACGUAUAGAAUGAAAGAAAAAAAGAGAUAUACACAGAUGUGGAAGGCAAGAGAUAAAAGAUUAGAAGAAUUGCAAGACCAAGACGUUGUAAGGGCAAUACCUCUGACACCAUCACAUCACAUCACAUCACCCUCGACGAAGCCCAGGACCAAGGAUUUGUUCUGACCGCGCUCUGCCCAUCCUGACUCCUGACUUCAGAGUAUUAGUUCAGACUUUUGAGCAGAUUGAUACUUCACACCCAGACACACCAAGAUGGCUGACACAGCUGACGCACCCUUCCGAAAAAGAAAGAUUGAGGAGGCUGAGGGUGGACUUGGUGCAGUGGUGGCCAGUCAUUAUAACAAUAUUGAGGAGAAAGGCAUCAAGGAGAGGUCCAAGAGUCGUAUUUUCUACAUGCGGAACUCCAACAACUGGAUCAAGAGCUAUCUAAUUGCGUACUGCCUUGAACAGAUCCGAGACCGCCAGGUGGAUGGCUACCCCAUUUCAGUGCUGGACCUUGGCUGUGGCAAGGGUGGUGACCUGUUCAAGUGGCAGAAGGGGAACAUCCAUCACCUGGUUUGUGCUGACAUCGCAGAAACAUCAAUGGAGCAGUGCAAGGAGCGCUACAACACACACAAGAGCAGGAGUCGGGGCAGAUUCUUCAGUGCAGAGUUCAUCGUGGCAGACUGCACCAAGAAAAGGAUAAAGCCAUUGUUGGAGAACCCUAAUAGAAAAGUGGACCUGGUGUCCUGCCAAUUUGCGUUCCACUACUGCUUUGAGAGUCUCCCGCAGGCAGAGACAAUGUUGCGCAAUGUGUCAGAAAACCUCAAGAAGGGAGGAUAUUUUGUGGCUACCAUCCCCAGUGCCUAUGAGAUCAUGUCACGGAUGAAAGCAAGCAGCAGCCUAAGUGUUAGCAAUGAGGUUUACACAAUAGAGUUUCCCAAAGACCGGUCAGAGAACCCACCACUGUUUGGUGACCGGUAUAAUUUCUUCUUGGAGGGAGUAGUCGACUGCCCAGAAUUCCUGGUUCACCCACCCACAUUACAGAAGUUGGCUAAAAAGUGGGGGCUUGACCUGUUGUGGUGCCGUAACUUUGGGACAGUAUACCAGGACGCCAUGAAGGACCAAGACAUGCAGCGCCUCCUCUCCGUCAUGCAGGCACUUGAGCACUACCCCAGCAAGGAUGAGCAGGUAACAGAGACUGAGGGGGAGUACAACCAUGCACAGGAGUACCUCAAGGCAAAGGAGGGAACAGAGGCCAUCAGGACACUCUCAAAGUCAGAGUGGGAGGCACUAUGCAUAUACCAGGCAUGGGUCUUCAAAAAGGUCAGGUGAACAGGUGUUGUAUUCAAUAGCAGUAACACAGGUACAUUUGCAAUGUACAGCAUUGGUGGAAUGACAAUAUUUGUAGAGUGCCGUGGCCCAACAUAACAUGUUAGCCUUAUAAAUGGCCCAGGCAAGUGUGUGUGUGUUGGGGGGGCACUUGUUCUUUUACAUCUCAUCUCUUUUGUAUUAGUGGUGGUUAACAGUAAUUUUCAAUUAUUUAUUUAUUUAACUUUUUUUAAUAUAGGCUAAACAAUGAAUGGUUUUGUUGUUUGGUCUUCCAUGUUUACUCAGCUUUGUGAUACCAGAUUCCUUAAGGAUAUGGGACUGGCAAAGUAUUAGUAAGGUUUGUGGCCAGGACUCUACAAUAGAUUAUAUUGGCUAUCAGUUUGCAACAGGGACACUUUAUCCAUUGUUUACCAAGUUUUUAUAGUUUUGGUAUUGCCUACCACAUCAUUGUGUGUGUAAAGCACUGAUUUUAAGACCAGAAGUUGAAAUAACCACACCUUCAGAAAUAAUGUCCCUCUAACAUCAAAUUAUAUAUACUAGAGAUGCUAGAAAGCAAAAUAUUAAGGAGAUGAAACCUGUGAUGUUGCCUCCUGCUGUUCACCAGGUAGAUAUGGACCCCUGUACUUUUGGCACUUAAGGUCAUAAUUAUCUACUAUACAUAGAUGCAAGCCUUAAAGCCUACAAACAGUAAUAUAAUUUUUUUUUUUUGACCAGCAGGUACUGUGUUGGGACAUUUCGCUCCAAGUAAUAGCUUGUAUUCUGGAAUCCCACAAUUGAAAAAGAACAGUUCACUGGCAAAAGUACCUCUUUCACAGUUCCCUGGGUGGCUAAGUGUGGUGCUGUGUAUAGCCAAUACUGUCUAUUGAAGGAAUGGAAGCUAAUUAUACAGAAAUUCCUUUAUUAUUUGUAUAACAUCUAGCUGUAUUUGGACAGACAUUGCCAAUUUAAUAAAUUGUCUGAGAAUA